AAGCUUUUAAACAGACUCCACUGCCCGUUUUGGUAAUGCUUCAUUCAUUCCUUUUACCUGUUUUAAUUACUACCGGUAUGCGUUCUUCCCUUUUUGAUAAGUUUGAUGUGUCUAUGAUGUUAAAAUGACUACUCUAUUCACUUAACAGGUCUUCAACCACAAUAAUGCCUCUUUCCCAAGCUGUGUGUGUGUGUCUGCUGCUAUUGGCUGAGCUCCCGGCCUCCCUGCAUAGGUGCGUCUUUGAUGAGGUCCAGGCUCGGGUCCGAGUUGUCCGAGCCGUACAGAGGUCCCCAAUCGGCCCGCCUGGCCACACCAGAACCCUGCAGACUCCAACAGGACAGGUAGUCUCCCCUUCUUUUACUUCACCGCAGCCAAUCAGGAUCAAGAGCUGGCUUUCCAGGGAGAGCGAGCACCUAUCGGAGCCUGACAAAGGACAAAUGAUGGCGACAGUGAAGGAGGCAGUGAGGAUGGUGUCGUCUUUGUUGUCAGGUGCUAAUCUUCUGAGCACACGCGCACACACAAAUAGAAAGACUAACAUUUUCUUUAUAGUGCAGAGAGCAUCCAGUCCACUGCUGCUUAGGAGGGACAUCAACAAAUACUGCAAGUUUCUGUGGAAGAAUUCAAGCACUAUUAACUACAACAGGUGUGGCAGGGCCAACAGCAACUACAGGACCGAGACGUGUCUGCAUGUGACGAUCCCAGAUGAGCACCUGGCUGGGUGUGAAGUACUCCCGGCGGCUGAUUCCACUCGCCGGAUCGUUCUCCGACCACAUGGUACUGGACUACCCGAUGUGGACUUCCUGCUUUACGUCCACAUCCAAGCCACUGACAAGUGCAGAGCGGAGCCUAGCCUGUUGGCCUACGCUGCCCACUGCCAGAUGGACACUCGAGGGCGACCUUUGGCUGGUGUGGUGGUCAUCUGCAGGGAUAGACUGACAAAGCUGACUGUACCGACUGUUCUCCAUGAGCUGUUCCAUGUCCUCGGCUUCUCCAAGGAUCUCUUCCACACAUGGACAGACUGUUCCUUCCAGCAAGUGGGUGCUGGCUGUUCUCCUCGGAGCAAAGUGACUUACAGUGAUGGAUCGGGCCAGAUGAGGAUCUACACCCCUUCUGUUAUCUUAGCCCUGCAGAAGCACCUGGCAGCUGUUGAUCCCGAGCUGGGGGGUCCGCUUGAGAACUUAGAUGUACCUCGAGGCGCCGUAUCCUCUCACUGGGAGGCCCGGGUUCUGCAGGGGUCCAUCAUGUUGGCGGUGCUGGACCAUUCCAGUCCAGUGCACAUCGACCCUGUCACCUUGGCUGCUUUUCAGGACACCGGCUGGUACACAGUCAACAUGAGCAAGGCCCAGAGUCUGGUUUGGGGAAAGGGUGAAGGUGCCAUGUUUGGUUCCAUGUCAACCUGUCAAGACAACAGUUCAUCCUUCUUCUGCACUGGCAGUGGACUUGGCUGCCAUUAUUUACAUCUGCACAAAGGGGAGUGCCAGAAUGAUCCUCUCAUGGACGGAUGUCGCAUCUACAAAGCUCUCAGCAAUGGAAGUGAAUGCUGGAUCAAAGAAAACCAGAGGAAGUCACCAGAAGAGAUCUUUGGCUUGGAUAGUCGCUGUUUCUUCUCCAGCCUGACCUCACUUAACCAGAGACAGCUCCUUGUGACGGGACGCUGUUACAGACACCGGUGCACCGGUCCAAACAGCUACCAGAUCCAGGUUGUGGAUGCGGAUUGGCUAGACUGUCCAGCAGGUAGCAGCAUUCAGAUAAGAGGCUAUCAGGGUUCAGUUUUCUGCCCUGAUGAGAGGUUGUGUCUGUAUUCAGAUGCUACUCCACCCUCUCAGGCUGAGAACGUUACAGGUUUCAUCUCAAGGGGUCAAAACAACGAUCUGAAUGGUUUUUCGGUCCUGCAUUUCGCCUGCUCAGCCCACGGCCCCGUUGCAGUGACAACGCUCUGCUGCCUCUCAGCUGCAGUGUGUCUAAUGGUAGUCCUCAGGGUGGCAUACAGGAGAUGUUCCCCCCACUGUGGGGUCAGGAUCCAUGCAGCCUCAGGUGACGUUUAGUCACAGAGCCACCACUCUUUGCUGUUUGGAGCAAAUUAUAAAGAAAUACAGGAUGAUUAUCAUUACAUCUGCCAACAGUGCGGGCAGUGUGAAACAGGGCGGGUUACACAAAGAAGCAUCCAGAAUUUUUUAAACUGUUACUUUUAGUUAUCAUUACAAAAUAGGCAUAAUUUUUUUCUAGACAUUUAGUGAACAAUAAAUGUAAUAUUUUUACAAUUUCAAAUGAAAUAGAAUACAAAUUGUCAUUCGGUUUGAAUAAGAUGACUCGCGUUCACGGCUGUCACGACUGUCUCGUGCACACUCCCAUGACCAUGCAUGCACGAAAGCAGUCCCAGAGUGAUUUUAUGUUGUAAUGUUUUGCUGAUGUUGUACUUGUGUUCUGCCUUAGGUCGCAAAGGCUCCUGGGCAUGUGUGUGUUGUGUGGUUAUGUGGGGCUUAGCUUCCAUGCUUGGAGCAGGAAGAGAGCGCCCUCUUUUGCAUUAUGUCACAUAAAUGCUUCAGCGAAUAAUAAUACGGUAUUUGGAGAUUGCAGAGCCCUCAUGUGGCUAACCUUUUACACUGCAACACCAUUUUCACUUGUAAUUCAUUUUCUAUUUACUUGGAUUCAUUUUAAUAAAAAUAAUUAGAAUAACUAAUAAUCAUUGAUUACACUAAUUCACCGAUGACAGUUAAUCGAUAAUUAUUUCAUUAAUAAUAGAUAACUAGUUGCAUAGACGUUCGACUUACUCUGGCGCCCUCAUGUGUCCAAUCUUGUGCAGUCCAACACCAAGUCUUGAAUUGUAAAUUAGUGUUGUGCUUGUUGUAUUCGGAUGCUUUUAAAAGCAUUCAUAGCGAAACAAAACGUUAACUACUUUAUAACUACGAAUGUUACGUACCUUGUGCCUUUUAAGUAUGUCAUUUGUUUCCUAAUAAUGAAAUACAAAUGCAUUUGC